UUACCUUUUAAUUUUUAUUGUUGAUUUUAACUGUAUUCUGUAGUUUACUUCACUACUGUUAAAUUUCAAUAGAAAUUACUCAUUAUAGAGUAUAGACAAGGCAAGAGUUGACAAUUAAUACAUAUUUCUUUAUACCCGUUAGAUUGAUAUUGUAUACUUACGAACUUACGAAAAUCUAAUAAUGAAUUUCCAAGAUUGUUCCGAUAGUGACGAUAGUAAUGAUAUGGAUUACAAACCUCCAGGAGAGGAGGAAAAUUUAUCUGAAGUUGAGUCGGAUGAUCCUAUUGACGAAGAGGAUUCUUCAGAAAAAACAACAUCUCGAUCUAAGGCAAUUUCUAAAAAACGAACAAAGGGAAAUAAGGGAUCUCAAAAAAAAACUAAACUUAGAGAUAAAAAAUAUGAAGUUACAGAAGAGCCGUUUGAGGAAACAAAUCCUGCAUUAGAUAAAUCUGAGGAAGAAAAAAAGCGUUUAGAUGCUUUGUGGGAAGAUUUUCAACGACCUGCUGUGAAAAAAUCAACUUCUAAUAAACCUAAUGCAAAUGAAGACAAAUCUAAAUCAAAGGAACCUGUGAAAUCAUCUAAAAAACCUGAUGCAACCAAAAAAAGAGAUUUUGAAGAAAUGUUUGAAAACCCAUCAUCUGCAAACAAAAUCGAAACAAGUUCUAGUAUUGACGUACAACAAAAUGAAUCUGAACCAUCAACAAAACCUUCAAUUCCUGUAUUUAAAAAAACAGGUGGUUUGGCAAGUGUAUUAGGUCAAAUUGGUAAAAAAGAUAAACUGACAGUCUUAGAAAAGUCCAAAAAAGAUUGGGAUAGUUAUAAACAAAAGGAAGGUAUUGUCGAAGAAUUAGUGACGCAUAACAAAGGGAAAGACGGGUACUUAGAAAAACAAGACUUUUUAGAACGUACUGAUUUACGGCAAUUUGAAUUGGAAAAAGCCAUGAGAUCUGCUAAUAGAUCACAUAGAAAUUAGUCGGUAUAGUGAUAUUAGAUUUAAUUUGUUUUCAAUUUGUACGAGUUUCAUAAAAGAUGUGUCUGCUUCCACUUUUUUUUUAAACUAUAUGUAGAAAUAUUGGAAUUUUACAUGGUUUAUUUACCUAUAACUCAUAUAAAUAUUCAUUGAUAUUUAAGACUUUUUUUAAGAAUAAAAAUAUUAAUAAUUAUAUCAAUGAAACCGUAGAUUUAAUUUUUGCUUCAAAUAUUAUAGAUUUAAGACCUACUGGAGUGUUUAAUA